AUGUAUCUGCUCCCAUCUGUGGCUAAUGACGGCCUGAGGGCUGCAAGCGGCAAGUUGGCUGCCGACCAGGCUGCUAGACUGCUGUAUCCCACUAUCCAGGGUCUCCUUCUAGCGGACAUUUGCUUCCCGACCAGGGCCCUUGCUGCCGUCCGCAAGGUUCCCGCCGGGAUCCGAGACGCUCGUGUCUGGUUGCCCGUGAUCUGGCCGUGCAGAGCCCAGGCGCGGCUCGGCCUUUUGAUGAAGCAGCUGCUGCUGAACGGGAAAUAUCAAGUUUGCCUGGUUUUGAAAUUUUAA